AUGGGAGUGACGGUUGAUGGUCGGCAGCUACACCAUUUGCGCUUUGCUGAUGACAUCGUACUGAUAACACCUAGCAUCAGCCAAGCGGAACGAAUGCUGACCGAAUUCGACGAAACAUGUGGAUGCAUCGGUCUUCAGCUGAAUCUACAAAAGACGAUGUUCAUGCGGAGCGGACGGGUCUCGGAUGCCCCAUUCACGCUCAACGGAACGAACAUAUCCGAAUGCACCAGCUACUUUUAUCUGGAUCGGGAGCUGAACUUGAUGAACGACCUGACCCACGAGCUGGGCAGAAGGAGACGAGCGGCAUGGGGAGCGUACAAGAGUAUCGAGGAUGUAGAGAAGAAGACCAGGAACACCCGGCUCUGUGCUCACCUCUUCAACAUUACCGUACUUCCUGCUUUGACUUAUGCUUCGGAAACCUGGGCAUUUCGCAAGCAGGAAGAAAACGCGGUGAGCGUCAUUGAACGCGCAACUGAGAGAGUGAUGCUGGGAGUCUCCCGUUUCGCGCAAGUGAGGGACAGGAUCUGA